AUGGAGGCCGCCGCGUCGGUGCUGCCCGAACCCGUGCCGCCGCCGACCUUCAAGAAGCCCGUGCCCAUGACGCCGCCGCUCACGGCCUUCGACCCCGGCUUCCUCGCGCGCAAGGCGGCGCUGCCGGGCAAAAUCUUCCGACUGAAGAACGGCAACGCUCUCGAGUAUUUCGAGGAGGGCAGCGCGGGAGACCCGGCCGUCGCCUGCUUCGCCGCGGGGGGAUUCAACGUUUCUUCCCUGUGGACCAAGGAGCCCGUGCCGGGCGUCCGGAUGCUCUGGGUCAACCAGUUCGGCCACGGGCGGUCCUCCGCGCUCGCGGCGCCGGUAGUCUUCGCGGAGCGCAUUCCGGAGAUUGCGGAAUUGCUCGACGCGCUCGGCGUGGACAAGUUCUACAGCCUCGGGCACUCGUGCGGCGGCGUGUACGCGAUGCAGCUGGCCGCCGCCUUGCCGGAGCGCGUGCUCGGCGCCGCGAUCCUGUCGUCGCCGGGCUGCAUCUUCCACCCCUCGGUCUCGAAGGCGGAGCGGAAGAAGGUCGACACGGGCGGCGGCGGCUCGAUCGACGCCAGGGGCUGCUGGGGCGGCUUCGUGCGGUCCAUGAUGGCCGGCCUCUACUACAACCCGGACAAGUCCAAGGACUACGGCUUCGCGGGCCACGCGUGCGGCGGCUACGCGUGCUACAAGUCGAAGGCUGCCGGCGGCGCGCCCGCGGCGAUGGCCUCGGACCACUGGUUCGUGACCAAGUUGCUGGACGCGGAGCUCUACGGCUCGAACUCCAAAAGGGGCCUCCUCUACGAGAUGCAGGGCGUCUGGAGCCACGCGGGCUGGUCCUACGACAUCGCGGCCAUCAAGUGCCCGUGCUUCCUCUACGUCGAGAGGGACGGCGAGGUGAAGGAGUCCUACGUGGAACUAAACCAGAGGCUCAUCCCAGGCGCCGAGCUGGUCGUGUACGAGGCGCACGGGCACACGUCCAUCGCGAUGGAGGUCGCGGGCAUCGCCGCCGCGCUCGUCGCGGGGAGGUCGUUCGCGGGCGACCACAGCACCGGGCCCCAAGCUUAA